ACAAAGAGGCGGCGGGCGCGGGCGGCCGAGCGGAGCCGAGCGCAGCCGAGCCGGGCCGAGCCGGGCCGGGCCGGGCCCAGGAGCGCGCGGGCGAUGCGGGCGGCCAGGCGGGGGUUGGCGGACCCCUGAACCCCUCGCCCCCGGGGCAGCGAAGGAGCCGCGCGGCGGCACGCGCCCGAGGCGGCCAGCCCGCCAUGGCCGGGGUCAGCUACGCGGCGCCCUGGUGGGUGAACCUCCUGCACCGGCUACCGCACUUCGACCUGCGCUGGGAGACCACCAGCAGCCAGUUCCGGCCCGAGGACACCGACUACCAGCAGGCGCUGCUGCUGCUGGGGGCCACCGCGCUGGCCUGCCUCGCCCUGGACCUUCUCUUCCUGCUCUUCUACUCCUUCUGGCUGUGCUGCCGACGGCGCAAGAGCGAGGAGCAUCUGGAUGCCGACUGCUGCUGCACCGCCUGGUGCGUGAUCAUCGCCACGCUGGUCUGCAGCGCUGGCAUCGCUGUGGGGUUCUAUGGCAACGGGGAGACCAGUGACGGCAUCCAUCGGGCCACCUACUCGCUCCGCCACGCCAACCGCACAGUGGCAGGGGUCCAGGACCGCGUGUGGGACACGGCGGCCGCCCUGAACCGCUCGGCGGAGCCCAGUCUGCAGAGCCUGGAGCGGCAGCUGGCGGCACGGCCGGAGCCCCUGCGUGCAGUGCAGCGGCUGCGGGGCCUUCUCGGGACGCUGCUGGGCUACACAGCGGCCAUCCCGUUCUGGAGGAACCCCGCCGUGUCGCUCGAGGUGCUGGCGGAGCAGGUGGACCUCUACGACUGGUACAGGUGGCUGGGCUACCUCGGCCUACUGCUGCUCGAAGUGGCCAUCUGCCUGCUGGUGCUGGUGGGCCUCAUCCGCAGCUCCAAGGGCAUUCUGGUUGGGGUCUGCCUCCUGGGCGUGCUGGCCCUGGUCAUCAGCUGGGGCUCACUGGGCUUGGAGCUGGCCGUGUCUGUGGGCUCAAGUGACUUCUGUGUGGACCCUGACACCUAUGUGACCAGGAUGGUGGAGGAGCACUCAGUGCUGAGUGGGGACAUUCUGCAGUACUACCUGGCCUGCUCGGCCCGGGCCACCAACCCCUUCCAGCAGAAGCUGUCUGGCAGCCACAAGGCGCUGGUGGAGAUGCAGGACCUGGUGGCUGAGCUUCUGAAGACCGUCCCCCGGGAGUACCCGGCCACCAAGGACCCCUUGCUCCGUGUCCAGGAGGUGCUGAACGGCACAGAGGUGAACCUACAGCACCUCACUGCCCUGGUGGACUGCCGCAGCCUGCAUCUGGACUACGUGCAGGCCCUGACGGGCUUCUGCUACGACGGCGUGGAGGGCCUCAUCUACCUGGCGCUCUUCUCCUUCGUCACGGCUCUCAUGUUCAGCUCCAUCGUCUGUAGCGUCCCCCACACCUGGCAGCAGAAAAGGGGCCCCGACGAGGAUGGGGAGGAGGAGGCGGCGCCCGGGCCGAGGCAGACGCACGACAGCCUAUACCGUGUGCACAUGCCCAGCCUGUACAGCUGCGGGAGCAGCUACGGCAGCGAGACCAGCCUCCCGGCUGCGGCGCACACCGUCAGCAACGCGCCGGUCACGGAGUACAUGAGCCAGAAUGCCAACUUCCAGAACCCUCGCUGUGAGAACACCCCCCUCAUCGGGCGUGAGUCUCCCCCGCCCUCAUACACCUCCAGCAUGAGAGCCAAAUACCUCGCCACCAGCCAGCCUCGCCCCGACUCCAGCGGCAGCGGCCACUAGACAGCCCCGGCCGGCCCGCCGCACACGUGCCAAUCGCCUGCUCCUCCCCGUGCCAGCACUGCUGCGUCCACCCGCACCACCCGCCGGACCCGCCGCACGGCUGCUCGCCCCUCCCCUCCCCUUCCCGCAGGGGCGCGGAGACACACCUGGACACGGGAGCGGCGCCACCGACACGGGGCCUUCCAGCCCCGCCCCCAUGCCCCUCUGCCUCUGAGGAGGGGGUUUCACGGAGCCCGGCUCUGGGCCGGACUCGGUGCUGUGUCCUGACGCUAACUCUGCACCAGGCCAACCCGUGGACCCCCAUCUUCUCCUCGGCUCGCGCCCCAGCCUGCUCUUUCCCUCCUGCAGCUCUGAUGCUUCUGCUGUGCCCUCCAGGCUUCCGUGUGUCCCUUCUUUCGUUCACAGGCCAUGCGGUGCCCACUCUGGGCUCCCUCUGAGCCGGCGGCUGGAGGGGCCUCGGCGUGUUCUCCCAGGCAGUUCCUCCUCCUCUCCACCCGACCGUAGGCCCCUCCUGCCAGUUGCCAGAAGCCUCCCGCCAGCCCCACUCUCUCCCCCAGCACCCACCCUGCUUGGGGAGCCCAGCCCUCUGCAGCGGCCAGAGGAUGGCAGGUGCCACGCCGAGCCCAGGCUGCUCGCCCAGUCCUGGCCACCUUCUUGGUGCCAAACCCCCUCCCCUGCCCCAAGACUCGGCAGCUUGUCUGGUUCAUUUUUGCACUAACCACAUUUGUCAUCCUAGGGCAGGCGGGGCUGCCGGCCGAGCAGCACACCCCCUUCUCGGUUCCCUCUCUGUCCAGGAGCAGCGUCCCAGGCCCGGCCUUGGGACUGGACCCGAGCUGUGGCUGUGAAUGUGCCCUCGGCCCCUGCUGCCCCCACCUUGGGACUAACCACUAACCUCACCCAGCCUCUGUGUGCACCUCUGGUCAACCUAGAGCCAGCAAGUGUCACCCCGAGUCCAGGCCAGAGAUGAGGCCUAGGAUAGCCGGCUGGGAGUUGGGCUAGAGUAGCCGUUUCUUCUUGGGGUGCUGCUGGGGAAGGGCUGUAGAUGGACAGGCAGCCUGAGAGCCUGGAAAGCCGUCCCUGGGCAGGUGCUGCCCCAGGACAACUGUGUCCUCGGGAACGAGUGUCCCUUGGGCUGUAGGACUGAGGUCUAGUGCAGACUCAGUCUCCCUACCUGUGAAGUGGGAACAAGGCUUCCCCUAAGGUGCUUUGGCUUUAGUGUACAAUGUGUGCUGUGUUUCCUGCCGUGGAAGGUGUGCCUCCCCCCACUCAGGAUGGGAAGCCACCCCGCCAGUCUCAGCCCUGGCCCAGCCAACCUGAGACAGAGAGGCUCUGGCCUGUGUGUCCGGUCCGGGCCAGGGUCCUGCAGUGGGAGGCAGGCAGCUGGCCAAGCUGCUUACUGGCAUGUGGGCUCUCCCUUCCAGAGCCGGGUCAGUGUCCUUCCCUGGGACAGGUCUGGGGACAUGCCACCCGCCUUUCCUCCAUAAUCCUUUCUCUGUGCUGGUAUCUUGGGACCAAAAGGGCGGGUGGACUGGGGGCCAGGCUGCCUCUGCCCCGUGAAAGGAGGGGAGUGAGCAGGCAAACACAGGGUGCCCCAGGUGGGUCUGGGGCCCUGAGCCUUGCAUCUGAGCCUAUGGGCCCAGCCCAAACCUCACUGCAGGGCCGCUGUGCUCCAGGCCCCACCUGGCCGUCGCUCCGGGCCUCCACUGCAGACUGGCCCAGUUUUUCCUCUGGGCUCCUCCAGCGGUGAGAGCAUUGCCGGCCCAGCGUCAGGAGGAAGGCCCCGGCCAUCCUGCCUGGGUGCCUGCUGUGUGCUCGGCCCCUGCUCAGAAGCACAACGGCUGACCGCGGCCCCCGGAGGCCGCCCACAAUGUGAAUGUACAUAGCAUGGAGGCGGGCGCUGCCCGGACAGGCUGUGGACCUCGGCCGUCCGGGGAGCUCCCCCGUGCGUCGUGUGCGUGUGUGCCUGCCCCGUCUGUGACUUCAUCCACUUCCUUCUCUUCACCGAGGUUGAAUAAAGGAAAAGGAGAAUCAUCAAAA